CACGACGGCUCCGAAUCGAUGUUAGACCCGAUCGCCGCUAUGGAGAAGUCGCUGUCACAUCACGAGCAACACAUGGGUCCGCCCGCCUUCGCCAACGACACCACACCUGUCCAGACACUCAACAGACAACUGUCGCACAACAGCAACUCUGGCGCUGGAUGUGUCGGCCCUCAGCAGCAGCAACAACAACAGGGCCCUCCGCCCCCACCUCCCGGCCCCCACUCCAACCAUAACAACCACAACAGUCACGGCCCCCACACGCCCAGCACGCCGUCGUCCCAGUCGAUGGUAGCGCACGGCGGCCCCCACACCCCCCACACACCGCACACCCCACAUACGCCCCACACGCCCAACGGGGCGGGCGGUGUGGGCGGACCUCCCAGUGUGACGACGUCGACGGGUCCGGCCAGCGUCGAGGCGGUCGCUCACAACCAAUCAAACAACUCGUCGAUGUCUCACACGAACGACUCGUUGGGUGAUCUCAACUUCGAUCCCGCGGCCAUCAUCGAUGGUGAGGGUCAGGGACAGGAGGUUCUCAAUUUAUUACCGGAGAAUGGUGUCGAUGCGAUGGAACUGCUGUCCUAUUUAGAUACGCCCGACCAGAGCGCCGGCAACUCGUCGUUGAGCACCGGGACGGGUGUCAACGGCUCCACAAUCAGUUCCAACAGUUCUUCGGUGAACGACGACUUACUAUCACUGUUUGAAACGUAAUCUAAUUGUCAUUACGUUUAAAAAUAAAACUCCUUUUUAUUGAUUCGCUAUUAAUUCAAUGAAUACUAAUAAUUGAUAUAAACUAUUAUUAAACUAAUCAUUAAAUUAUUGUACAAAACAAACAAAACAAAUGAUAAAUAAUUGUUAUGUUGUUAUGCAUUGAACUUUUUUCGCUAUAAAAAACAUAAUUUAAGUUAAAAAAGCUUUUUUUUCGCGACUUAUUGUGUAUAAAAAGACAAUACAUUUACUGAUUGAAUGAUAAGCAGCUAUACAUUGAGAAUGGAUGGGGAAAGACAGCAAAAACAUUACUACUACUAUAGCAACAAACAGUGGACUAAUUAAUCCUAAAUAGUGUACUUGCAAUCGGUUUUCGAGAAGUAUAUCAUAUACUAAACCAUACAUAGAGUCACAAACAAAAAUCAAAGCCAUUUCCUAAUGUGUUAUGUAGUUAUCGAUAACAAGUGAUGCAAACCAUUAACGAAAAGCCGACGAUUGAGUUGUAGACGAUUGUGACGGACAGCCAAUACUUUAGUGUCAAACCAUAGUCUCUAAACGCGCAAACAUUUUGAGCC